AUGAGCCAACCACAGGGACAAACACCACAACAAACAGACGACACUAUAAUGUCAGAACAUGAACCACCAAAGAAACUCACCCUCCUCGACCUCCCGCCCGAAAUCCUCCACCAAGUGUGCGCGCACCUCCCCCUCAAAUCCAUCCGCUCCUUCCGCCUCACCAACCGUUUCCUCGGCGAAAUCGGCGCCUGCCACGCCCUGCCCGAGCUCGUCUUCUACCUGCACACGACCGAUUUUGCCGCGCUCCGCUCCAUCGCCUCGCACCCCAUCUACCCGCGCUUCGUGCGCUCCCUGGUCUACGGAUGCGACCUCUUGCCUUCGCCCCGGCUUUCGCUCAAGCAGUACAUAGCCGAAUGUCGGCGCAUGGAAAAGCGACGGGCCAAGAUGCAUGCGCGCCAUGCGUGCGACGAGGCGAAUCGCCCGCCGAAACCGCAGGCGGAGGUCCGGGAGAGUUACAAGGAGUAUAAGCGCGUGCAUCAGGCGCAGGAGGAGAUUAUGCGCGACGAAAGGGAUUAUGAAAUCUUGAGAGAAGUGGUGGGCAAGAUGACUAAUCUGAAGGAGGUCAUGGUCAGCAGCGACUUUGAGUUUCGGGUGGCGAGCGGGACGAGUUCAUCAGAUGGCGGGAACGGUCCCAUGAAGAGCGACACGCUGAGAAACUGCAGGACGCCAUUCGACAAGCUCGAUUGUUUGACGCAGUUGGAUGGGGAGAAGGGGCAGGAAGGGGUGAGGCAUUUGCGGGCGAUCUUGAUGGCUGUGAAGGAGGCGGGGAUCGAGCUCAAGAGUCUCUGCGCGGGAUUGAUUCAUUGGAGCUUUUUCAACGAGGCGCUGGGCAAUUUCGGGUUUCACAGCAUGGGGAAUCUGUUGGCGAACCUAACACGGUUCGAGCUCCUUGUUCUGCCUGGGCCGAGCCAGGACCCGGAGGAUUUCCAGCGCGCGGACGCGAUCGAAAUGAAUAACAUGAGCAUCGACGUCAUGGAAGAGAUUUACCGGUGUCAGGGGCUGAUGAGGACGGGCGUCAUUCGGAAUCUGGUAAAAGGCAUGCCAAACCUGGAGGUCUUGUCGAUCGGGUUUAUGGACCAUGCGGAAGAUAACGACUUCAUCUUUCCCGCGAGGUUGCAGGAUGUCGUUCCGCUGAACCACACGUUCCCGAACCUGGAGAGCUUGAAGCUCGAAGGAUUGGAGACGGAGAGGCAAGAGUUGACGGACUUUGUGGUCAGGCACAAGGACAGCUUGAUGAGGCUGGAACUCAGGGAUAUGCGACUCGUCACGACAUCGUGGAGGAAGCUGUUGCCGGAGCUGCGGUACGAACUUAAGACGGAAUUGAUGGAGGAGGUGUCCAUCUACGGUAUGGCGCUAGGAAUGGGCGAGGAGGACGGCGAUCAGGAGCUGGAGGAGUGGUUCAUGGGUGAUCCGGAGGAUCAUGGGGCGACGGAGCUGGCGACCAAAGUCCAAAAGUUCUUUAUGAGCCCGAGCGUGAGCGACUGUCCGCUGUCGAGGGAGAACAUGGAGCCUAUCCCCGACGAUGACUUGAUGGACGAAGAUAUUCUGGACCAUCCUCUUGAGGGCCUGAUGCCGGACCACGAGCUGGCUGAACUUAUCUUGGGCGGCAUGCAUUUUCCGCCGGGAGGGCAUCCGUUUGAGGAUCCCUUCGAUGAUCCGUCUUUCGAGGCUCCUGGAGAGUGGUUGGACUGAUGGAGGAG